GCCCCUAUUAAGCAGCGCCCCGGCGAAACCGAUAGGGCAAGGGAAGGGGUUCCGAUCGGAUCGGGGAAAAGCUUCCACGAGCUCUCGACGACUGGUGGGUGUGAGCGCCGCCGCACGAGAUGGCGAUCCGCCGUGGGCCCUCCUGCGCCGUCCUCGCCCUGCUCGCGCUCGCCUCCGUCGCCGCGGUCUCCGCCGACGUCUUCUUCCAGGAGAAGUUCGAAGAUGGUUGGGAAAGCCGGUGGGUCAAGUCUGAGUGGAAGAAGGACGAGAACAUGGCUGGUGAAUGGAACCACACAUCUGGAAAAUGGCACGGAGAUGCUGAGGACAAAGGUAUCCAAACCUCAGAGGACUACAGGUUCUACGCCAUUUCGGCGGAGUACCCUGAGUUCAGCAACAAGGACAAGACACUCGUGCUGCAGUUCACGGUGAAGCAUGAGCAGAAGCUUGACUGCGGUGGUGGUUACGUCAAGUUGCUUGGAGGUGAUGUUGACCAGAAGAAAUUCGGUGGUGACACGCCCUACAGCAUUAUGUUUGGACCAGAUAUCUGUGGGUACAGCACCAAGAAGGUUCACACUAUCCUUACCAAGGAUGGCAAGAACCAUUUGAUCAAGAAGGACGUGCCUUGCGAGACUGAUCAGCUGUCGCACGUGUACACUUUGAUCAUCCGCCCUGAUGCUACAUACAGCAUUCUCAUUGACAACGAAGAGAAGCAAACUGGAAGCAUCUACGAGCACUGGGAUAUUCUUCCUCCCAAGGAAAUCAAGGACCCAGAAGCUAAGAAGCCAGAGGACUGGGAUGACAAGGAGUACAUUCCUGACCCUGAGGAUGUCAAGCCAGAGGGCUACGAUGAUAUUCCCAGGGAGGUCACCGAUCCUGAUGCUAAGAAGCCUGAGGAUUGGGAUGAUGAGGAAGAUGGUGAAUGGACUGCCCCAACCAUCCCCAACCCAGAGUACAAGGGCCCAUGGAAGCAAAAGAAAAUCAAGAACCCUAACUACCAGGGCAAAUGGAAGGCACCUAUGAUUGCCAACCCAGGUAUAUUUUUACCUGGAACAGGACCUAGUGUCUCAGAUUUAAUAUCUGGUUAUGAAAUGUUUUGGGUACUGAAUUAUAUGACUAAUGCUCAUAUAUCUUUAUUGUGCUUCACAGACUUCAAGGAUGAUCCUUACAUCUAUGCUUUCAACAGCCUGAAGUACAUCGGAAUUGAGCUGUGGCAGGUUAAGUCAGGAACUUUGUUUGACAACAUUCUCAUCACCGACGAUGCUGCUUUGGCCAAGACAUUUGCCGAAGAGACCUGGGCCAAGCAUAAGGAGGCUGAGAAGGCUGCUUUCGACGCUGCUGAAAAGAAGAAGGAAGAGGAGGAUGCUUCCAAGGCUGGUGAGGACGAUGAUGACUUGGAUGAUGAGGAAGCCGACGACGAGGACAAGGAUGACAAGGCUGGGUCUGAUGCGGAGUCUGACGACGAGAAGCACGAUGAGCUCUAGAUGGAUGGCGAGGAAGGAUUUGAGGAGGCCGCCUGCCUUCCAGGAUUUAUUAGUUGUCUCUCAUUAUGAUGUUCCCCUUUUUGUGAUCAGAAACUUGACAAGUUAGUUACUGUGUGUAGAAGAACAACAUCACCGUGGGAUCUUUGUAGCGCUUUUGUAGUCCAAUUUUUACCGGAAGGGAACUUUAUAGUCGUUAAACGAGCAAAAAAUAAAAAAAAAAUCGUGCACUUGUCUGUC